AUGCAUCGUCCUUCCGACAAACUUGUCACGGGGGAGGCGGUUGAUCUGAUCAACUCUUUACUCCAGGAGAAAGAGCUUCGGUUAUCCUGCAACGACUACCGCCAAAAUGAUCCACCUCCUGCACGAUCGCCACCGAGGUAUCUCUUUUACAAUAUCGAUGCUUUCGGUCAAGACAAUAGAGGUUUCUAUGUGUAUACAAACGAUGCCACCGACAUCAAAGCCCAUCCGUUUUUCCGAAAUAUUAAUUGGGAUAUACUCCAUCGCACGAUUCCCCCUUUCAUCCCCAAAGUGAAAGGCUGGGAGGAUACCAGGUAUUUUGAUGACUGGGGAAACACGCAGGAGAAUGGCAAUACGUCCAACUCAUCUAAUAUGGAGGAUGAGGUAGAGGUCCGCCCGAAUCCCAGUCAGUUUGACGGACAACUGUCGCUAAAUCGAGAUGGAGGCCCGGCGCCAGAUCAGAAAGACAAUCUCAAAGCAGAUGUAAAUUCGCCUGCACGGGACCGCAAGAAAGGCAAGGAAAAGCACCGGCCUCGCGACAAACUUUUGCGAGACAAAAGGACCGGAAAGACUGCGCUUGAAAUGCGCAAGAAAAGUGCGUUUUUGGGCUACACUUACCGUCGGCCAAAAGCUGUAGCUAUGGCGUUCUCUGUUGAUCGAGGUCGACCUUAUCUUCCACGAGGGGUCCUGUCCGAACUAUAUGGGUGUUGA